AUGGUGAUGCACUUCGGAAGUCGUGCCGUAAAGCCCCUUCGCGGUCUACUAUUCUUAUCAAGCCUUAUCAACGGGUUUAUAUCCCUCCCGGUCCUCGUCCUUGGAUUUUAUCUGCGUUUUAUGCCGGAUCCUCAAAUGGCUGUGUUUGGGAUGUCACGAGUUCACUCUGUGGGCACCACCCUAAUUAUCAUUGGAAUAUCUCUGUUGACUACUGCCCUAAUCGGAGGCAUUUCUGCUGUAAAGGGAGACAAACAAUUGGAAUUUGCAUACUUCUUUUUACUACUGCUUCUUUCCUUGGUUGCUUUUGGAAUCGGUGGAUAUUCAUUUUACUAUAGAUCAGCGGUGAGUUUCAUUCAUUAA